CAGUGUGGUGCAAGGGGAGAGGCUCUGGUGUUUUUUUUAGCAUAAUAUAUGUUGGUUCUCUCAAAAAGAAAAAAAAAUGAUUCAAAUUAGAGGCAUUAUAAUCCUUUGUAUAGUGGCUGAUUUCCAUCAAGCAUUGAGAGAGAGACAAGUAACUGGUUUCAUUGGCCACUCUGUCAUUUUGAAAUCAGGGGUGGAUCCAUCCUGGAAACUCGAUCGAGUUCAAUGGUCCAUCUACACCAACACAACAUAUAUUGCCAUUUUUGAGAAUGGCAAAGUUGAAAUCAGGUCCUCUAGAUAUAUGGGGCGUCUUUCACUUCACAAGUCUUCAGGAGAUUUGGAGAUUAAGGAGUUAAAGGCAGAUGACGGCAUGAGAUACACGGUGUCCCUGCUGAGCACAACCUUCAAACAGCAAGACAACCAUAUUUCCUUCACAGUUUUAGAACAUCUCAGAACACCAAACCUAACAGUGCUGUCCAGUUCUUUGAUUAAAGAGGACUGUAAAAUUACACUGAAGUGCUCCUCAUUAGAGGAUAAUGUCACUCUUUCCUGGACACCUGAGGAUGGAUUCAAUGAGCCUCUUUGGAUCAGGAAUAACUCCCGAAAGUCAGUUCUGUGGACGUCCUUCACACCCAACAGAAAUGUAACCUUCACCUGCACGGCCACAGAUGGACAUUGCGGUGCGUCGGCUCAUCUUACUGUACAAUGCCCAGGUGAAUCUAAAUCAGGAACUUCAUUCUCCGUGUUCAGUCUGCUCAGUAGUUUGAUGGCAGCGUCUCCAUAUCUGCUGGUGUCCAUUGUGCUGACGGUCAAAUGCUGCAGAGCUCAGGCUAAACCUGAUGAGCUGAACACAGUGUGAGCAGUGAUAGAAGAUGCAGCGUGUAGAUGAGGGUCCAACAGAAAGGUUUUAUGUCAUCGUUUUAAUCUUGUUCGUUUUAAGUCUUAAAACCAGAAUCCUGCACUUUGCGCUUUAGCAGUUCUCAUGGCUGUUUUUAAAGCUGCAUAGUUGAUGAACGGGUUAAUCCCCAAUUAGAGGUCAUUUCAUCUGGUAGGUCAGCAAUAGAGGAUUUUAAGUAGCGUCUCCAUAAACUAAAACAUCCAGUAGACUGAUUUAUUCUUUCUCUCAGUAAGUGCAGCAUUAGUAAUGAGAUGCUAGUAAUACUGUUUCAGUCAGGGACAGCUUUAAAAUGUAUUAUCACUCCCGUCUGUCCUCAUAUUCACACUGCUAAAAUUUGUAUUUUUUAUACAACUAAAAUAUGUUUUGCUUUUACCAAACAAUAAAUAAAAAAAAUAAUAAUAAUAAUAAAUACACAGAAGGUCUUGAUGCAGGUUAAUACAAUUCUUUUCAUACAUUUGAUAACUGUUGAAAAUAUUUAUAUGAACAAUAAAAGUGCUCCCUCAAUUUUUAAA